CACUUCCUGUGGCCAUGGACAGUUCUGUAUUUGCUCUCUCUUUCCAACCUCUCUUCCCAACUCUCCCUUCUCCAUCUCCCACCUCUUCUUCCCUUCUUCACCAUCCUUUCUCUCAGCUUCCAUGGCUGCCACCACUACUACACCCCUCAAAUCCAUCUCCACUCUCCUCUCUCUCUCCUCUAAACGAUCUCUUCCCAAGCCCUCCCCCAACGUACAUACUCAAUUUCCCACUUCCAAAUUUUCCAUUUCCACCCGGAAUUUGAUCAGUUUUAGGAGAACUAUAGGAUGCAAGGCGGCAGAAGUCUCGUUGGCCGAAGAAUCUCCAGCGUCGGAUGGUGGAGGGAAGAACUGGGUGCCUGUUGUGCCUUUGUCAGCGUUGCCUAGAGGAGAGAGACGAGUGAUCAUACAAGAUGGAGAGAGCAUUUUGUUACUGUGGUAUAAGGAUGUUGUUUUUGCUAUUGAGAAUAGGUCCCCUGCUGAAGGUGCUUAUUCUGAGGGUUUGAUCAAUGCCAAACUUACUCAGGAUGGCUGCAUAGUCUGUCCUACAACUGACAGUACAUUCGAUCUUCGAACUGGAGAAAUCAAGGAAUGGUAUCCAAAUAAUCCGGUGUUGAGAGUUCUUACCCCGGCUCUAAGGACAUUGUAUGUCUAUCCUGUAAAAACUGAUGAUCAAAAUAUCUAUAUCAGCAUGGGUGGUAGUUCAUAUAAAGAUGCGUCUGCAGAGAUUGUCUUUAGUGGAAAGGCUCAACCUGGUAUAACAGCUUCGGAUGUCAACGUGGAGGAGGUGAAAAUGGUGGUUGAUGAAAGUUCAGGAGGAUUUGGUUUCACGCCAAAGAACGAAGGGAUUAAUGGAAAGGCUGCUGUCAUUGGGUUUCUAUUAUUACUAGAUUUUGAACUUCUAACCGGUAAAGGCCUUCUCAAGGGGACUGGAUUCUUGGAUUUCCUUUAUUCUGUUACUGAUGCUUUUAAUUAAAACAGUACAUAGCAAACUUUCUUUAUCUAUCUUUCUGAUUACCUCAAGUCUGUUUUCUUUUUGUAUGUAAUAUAUACAAGUUUUAAGUUCUUUUUACUUGUAAUACUAUGCUGGUUUAGUUGUCACCAGCGAUAUACUGUAGGGAACUUGUACUCUUGAUGCCUCUGUAAUUCAUCUUUUUGACUUAUACAUGAUUCUUUCGCUA